GUAAGAAUUAGUCAUUUAGUCAUAUUUCUCCGUCCACUCUGACUUAAGCUUCUACUCAUUUUAUUUUAUUUUAUAAUACAUGGGUAAUUUCGGGGUCUUUAUAAGUACGAUAAUUGCCUGAGAUUUUGGAGGUACCACCAAUUCCAAAUUUAUCCAUUUCUCUCAACUUUUUUCUAUUUAUUUAUUUUUUCCUCUCAAAACCAAAAGAAAAUGGGUGAAGUUGCAAGGUCUAAUGGCAACCAUGAAGUUACCAUUAACGUUAAAGAAACUAACAACCAAUCGUCUUCUUCCAACUCCAUGAACAAUUCUUGUUUCAGUGUCCAUUUUCUCCAGAAGAUGAUAGCAGAGGUUUUAGGGACAUACUUCGUAAUAUUCGCAGGAUGUGCUGCGGUAACAGUAAAUUUAGACGGUGAAAAAGUGGUAACAUUACCAGGAAUUGCAAUAACAUGGGGAUUAGUAGUAAUGGUAAUGGUUUAUUCAGUUGGACAUAUUUCUGGUGCCCAUUUUAACCCUGCUGUUACAAUUGCCUUUGCAACUUCACGCAGAUUUCCAUGGAAACAGGUGCCAGCAUUUGUAAUAUGUCAAGUAGUGGGAUCUACACUAGCAAGCGGAACUUUGCGACUUAUAUUCAAUGGACAUCAAACUCAAUUUUUUGGGACAUCUCCGGCUGGAACAAACAUUCAAUCUUUAGUCAUGGAAUUCAUUAUAACCUUCUACCUCAUGUUUGUCAUUUCCGGUGUUGCUACGGAUAAUCGAGCUAUUGGAGAGCUUGCUGGUCUUGCUGUUGGAUCUACCGUCUUACUUAACGUCAUGUUUGCUGGGCCAAUUUCUGGAGCUUCAAUGAACCCAGCAAGGAGCCUAGGGCCAGCAAUCGUAUCACACCAUUAUAAGGGCAUAUGGAUAUACCUUGUUGGACCAACUGCUGGAGCUAUAGCUGGUGCAAUGGUGUACAAUCUUAUAAGGUUCACUGACAAGCCAUUGCGCGAAAUCACCAAGACUGGAUCAUUCCUUAAGACUAAGGGCUCGUCUGUAGGGCGCAAUGGUUCUUCGCAAUACUAGGUUUAAUAGAUGUAACAACAGCGUUUUAUUUGAUCAAAAAGUUUGAAAACCUUUUAACCCGACAUGUUUGUGAACUACUAAGUUGUCCGUCCUUAUAUAAGUGAGAUGGAUGUUAUAAUGUAGUUGAAUUAUGUGUGUGUGUGCAUGCCUUUUCUUGUCACUGUACGUUUGGUAGUCUUAUUAGUGAUUAGUGAAGUGAUGUUUUUUAAGGUUUUCACUUGUGAGGAAGAUGAUCGAUUUUAGUUUAUCAUUAUUAAAAUGUAAUAUGAAUGAGGGGUAAUAUAUGUCAAAAGUAAGAAAAUGUAAGUGUUAUUUACUUAUGUUCCAUUGGUUAUAACUUCAAUGAGAAGAUUGAGUUAAUUGAAA